UAGAGUUAGUUAUGGCUUAAGGCCCCCUUUCAUUCCCUCCCGCCUAUUUCUCUCUCGUAGCAUCUCAGAGCAAAAAACUCUGAAAUUUUUUUGUGGCGUCACCGGGGCCUAAAACACUUUCAAGUCAACGUAUUUCAACCGUUCAAUUGUUCAACGUUUUGUUUUAGAGUGUUUGGCACAAUAUUAACUGUCGUUGUGAGUGUGAAAACUAUUUUCGUGAAUAUUCAGCAGGCAAUAUCUGAAAAGUCACGUGAUCAAGAUGGCCGUUAAGCCUUCCGCGUACAACACUACUACUAGGUGGUAGUGGACACCGUGGGAAGUUUUGGCGCCCUGUCAACCUUGUUUAUAAACAAGCAUACUACUGCCGGCCUACUCCAGUGUUUCAGCUGGUCAUUAAUCCUUUGUUAAAAGUGUAUCCCACAGUCGAUAAUGUCGUCGAGAGGCGGUAGGAGACGCGGGAGGCCGCCUAAAUCAUCUUAUACAACACCACACUUCCUAAAUUCCCGAUCGAACGUUAUCGAGAAGCCUAAAUGGUUUUUGUCUCGUGAUGGAGUGGCUAAUGACAAUGGUCCAACUGGGUCUAGAGCUAGUUCACCGGGAGGCAGUGUGGGGAGUUUCACACAACAAUACAGUGCCAAAAAACAUAUAUCAGUAACUCCAUUCAAGAAACGUGGAAGGAAAGCGGGUACAAGAGGCAACAGAGGUGGCAAAGCAUAUGUGCCUAGGCCUUCGUUGGUCAUUACCAGGGGUAAUGAUUAUCAUUAUGGCUCAGACUUUGACUCUGGUAGUGAUUCUGAUGGGCCUCCGAGCCAAGGAGAAGAUGCAGAGUUGGAUGUUGAGAGUGACGUGGACAUACCAAUUAGCGAGCCAGAGAGUGAUGAACUGGAUGAUAAUGCCUCAGAUAUCUCCAUUUCUAAUCAAAGUUCCUCAAUGCGAAAAAUUGUUGAAUCCAGUAUAAAGUCUAUACCCACUCCACUCCCUAUUUGGCUCCAGUCCGAUCAAGAUUUACCAGUGUUGACUCUACCCAAAUCUUCUGAAGACCUUCUCUUGCCUACACACCAAGUGCUACCUGCUUGCGCGAUUUACGAAGUCCUACGCAAGUUUAGCAGUGAGGUGAGGCUCUCUCCUUUUCGACUCGAGGAUUUCAUGGCCGCUCUUCAAUCGGAAGAAAUGACAACUCUUUUGGCGGAAGUCCAUGUUCAACUCUUAAAGUCCAUGCUUCGAGAGGAAGACGUACAACAAACUUGGUUUGGACCACUGGACCAGAAAGACAGCACAAAUUCUGUGUUAAACUUUGCCGACACGCUGACGUGGCCAGAAGUCAUGCGGAUAUACAUGCAGAGUGACCCGACCUUUGCACCUGCACUCUCUUUACUUGAAUCCUGCGAAUAUCCUUUUACUACCUGCGACGUCCGUCUGAACCUCCUCAAGUUUCUUACUGACCAUUUUCUCUGCAAUACGGCUGUCCGACAAGAGUUCCUUAGCGAGGGAAACAUCAAAUAUAAUGACCAUUGUCGAGUUUGCCACAAAGUUGGAGAUUUGCUCUGCUGUGAGACAUGUCCAGCCGUCUAUCACCUCCACUGUCUCGACCCACCACUGGAGCACGUUCCAAACGAGGAUUGGCAGUGUCCUAUAUGCACGGCCCAACUAUGCAAAGGAGUAACUGAUUGUAUAAGUGAUGUUGAACGAUCCGGUUUUCUCUGCCGACAAGAAUCUUUGGGCUACGACCGACACGGACGCAAAUACUGGUUUAUUGCCAGACGGAUCUUUGUCGAAGAAACUGGCAGCCGGGAAGAAAUUGACGGAGAUGAAGAAACUAUUGCCGUGGAGGACCGUAAAACUUGGUACUACUCCAGUCCCCAUCAGUUUGAACAGUUGCUUGCAGCUUUGGACAAGACAGAUUUUGAAAAGGCUCUUUGUCAAGAACUAUACAAUCUAAGGCCGGAAAUAUUGAGGCAGAUGGCUCUCACGAUACAGCUGACAAACGAGAAUAAAGGCAACAACAAAUCAUAUCUCGAACUUGACGAAGAAGUUGCAAGGGAGGCCUCUCAGACGGUCGUCAAAGUUGAAAAAGAAGAAGAUGACGAGGCUGAUGAGAACCUCUCUGUCGAUGCAAUCAAAACAGAGAAGGAAAAAAUAGAAACUGAGGAGGUUGUGGAAGAAUGCGGUGUGGAAGUGGAUGACGAUUUCAUGCAACAAUUGCAUGUGGAAUCUGAACCUAAAGUAGAGCCUGAAGAAACGCCUACUACCGGUACACCAACAGCCAACGGAACUUACUCUACGCGCUCCAAAACCGGCACCAUUGUGGCACGCACCUAUGUCGACAUGAAACGGCGAAAUUUAACAACCAACGGUUCUGGCGGAGUCACUAUUAAGGAGGAAAGAAGUGGCACCCCUACCAAAUCAAAAUCUCAAUCUCCUUUACCCUCCGACGUCAUCUUUAAAUUGGGCAUGGAAGGACGGCACAAGACGUACGUCAACCAGUACACGAGCAAUCCCCUCGCGCUCAACAAAAACCAGGCAGCAGAGGAGAGAGACCGCAAGCGUUACUUGUCGCACAAGUUCUCCAUUACGGGUUGCGGCGAGUUUAAGUGGUUGGGCAGUACAUUUGGCAACCGCACUAUCAUGCAGCAAACUGUUCGUUCCACCUUGCUCCAACUGCACUCUCAAUUGCCUGCUAUUUUCAUGCAUCCUAACUGGGCUGGGAGUAUGCGAAAGUCUUGGAUCCAAGCUGUCAAUCAAAGCGUCUCGCCAACAGACCUCGGUCGUGUCCUCUCAAUCCUGGUUGCGUGCAUCCGCCCAGUUGUUUUCUCUUCCGUCUGGCACGAGUCACUUGGCCACAUUCGACUUCAACGACAGACGGCCCUUGAACGUGAAGAGCGGAAGAAGGUGGACAAGAAGGAGAAGAAGGAUAAAGAACUGGAAGAAGAGAUGCAUCGACUACACACCGUCCAUUACACCAAAGGCCUCAAGCACCAGAUCUGGAAGCACAAAGGUGAAGAGUUUCGUCUUCACGGUCAAUGGGGUUGGCUGUGGUUGUCCGCAACUCGCCUUUUACGACGUCUUGAUGCCAGGAAAUGCGGAUUAAGAGCUGGACCCUGGCGAAUCAUCACUUGUACUCAAGAAGAAGGCUCGGAAUCUCGCUACAUUCAGUGUGAUCCGGCAUCUGGCGUCGAAAUUUAUGAAAUCCCAUCUUCUGAUCCAGCGAUGGAAGUUGUUGAUGUUUGCGCUGCUAUGAACGAUACCAACCGUCGUGUUUAUCCUAAAAUCGCCAAGAAAGCCAAGUUAGAUUCGUUGCUCGAUUGGCGCCUCAAAUUGAAGACGGCCGAAGAGAAAAAUCUUCUCAAAACCGAAAAGGCCCCGCUGCCACUAAAAAAAGAGGAAGUCAACGUCACGAAUCGCAAAUUGACCAUGGCAGAAAUGGAAGCACGACUGGAACAACUACGAAAGCACCGGCUCACUUUCGCACGCUGCUAUUCUUACAAGUGUGGUGGUGAUAGUUGCUACUCUCCCACUUGCCGGGCCAUCAAACCUCUAGAAGCUGCAAUCCUGCAAGAGAAAGAAGAAGAAGCGAAGCAAAAAGCUGCACUAGUUAAAAGACGGAUUUACUCGAACGAAUCGACGCAGGGUCCUCUACCACUAAAGCGUGCUGAUGACGAAAUUCGAUCUAAAAAGAAAAAGGCGCCUGUGAAAUACCCGAUGAUGUCCAAAUAUAUGACAAAGAGCAACAAACGGACCAUCUUCGUCCUGCCCGAUCACGAAUUGAAGCAUCUAGCCCGACGUCACGGUCAAGGAUACGUUCAAGGCUUCCACCACGGCCCAAAGAAUAACUCUCCGGCUUGGAUCUACCCAUCGGCCAGGCCGUUGUUCAAGAAUGUCUGGUUUUUCCGCACAAACGGCCUCCAGUCUUUGAGCACGUUCGCUUUGCAAGUUCGAAUCCUCUGGGCGUGUCUCCGUUGGGAAGAAAUGGUGACCAAAGCUGGCAACAUGGGCAUGGACGGUAAAAACCAAACGACCACCGACACGGAGAUUACCACCACCGAUAUCUUGAAGCAUCGUCACAUCGGGCGGUUUCUUGAACGCACACAGUACUUUCAACGGCGUGUGGUUAUUCCACUCGAUGUCCCCAAAACGGUCAGAGAAGUCACUCCAUCUCGUUCCGGAUUGCGUAAGCGCAAGAUGGUGGAAGCGCCCAAAUUGUCGCAACCCAUUGUCACCGAGGAAUGGGUGGAUGAAGAUCGCUUGGAACUUUGGGUCAUUAAGCAGUACCACGAGCGUAUCGAAAAAGCCGCUGCGAUGGCAGCUGCAGCUAGUACGACCACCUCUACACCUCACCUUACUCGACUCAAGAGCACACCACAGACUAUGGGACCUGGAGGUAAACCUAUGACUAUGGAGGAACUCAAAGCUCAGGCCGAACAGCAGUUGCGCGCCCAACGUACUGCCCAUCAACUGAAGAGCACCACUCCUGGAACGCCAACUGGUGUUGUCCGUCUAACUCUUCCCGCCGGAAACAAAGUUAUGUUGCCUGGAAACAAGUUGCUGUCUACGCCCUCUGGGGCCACUGGAAGUCCUAUGGGCCGGCGCAUUCUCAUCACCAAAGAUGGUAAAACAUCUCAAGUUGUUAAGACGACGGUGGCUUCACCUUCAGGAUCUGCCCAGCCUGUGCUAAUUGCUCCUAGUCCUGGCGUCGCGGCUGCUACACCUACCGUUAAUAAAUUGCAAAUCUCUCGCGGUCCCGACGGCAAGAUUGAAAUUCGUGGCUUGAAACCAGGCCAGCAACUUCUGAAACUAAGCGAUGGCCGCUUUACGAUCGUUUCACCUGCUCAACCUAUGAUAACCGCCCAACCAGCGCCAGCUCAAGCACAGACCCAAGUCCAACCUGCUGCAGCCAGCGACGGAACAGGAACCAAAACUGUUGUUGUUCAAAAAGCUGUAACCAUCGCUGGUCAGAAAACAACGAGUCAAAUUGUUCUGCCGGCUGGUACCAACACUGCAAUGCUGGCUCAGCACCUAGCGUCUGGAAAACUUCAGCUAAGUUCAGUCAACGGUCAACAGGUUAUUAUCCGACCAGCCGCAACUCCCGCUUCCGCUGGUUCAGCAUCCGUGGUCAAAACGGGCGAUACACCAACCGUAGUCGUGGCCGGCCAACAGCAGCCAGCUAAACCCAUGAUGCAAGUGAUACAGACGGCUCAAGGUCAGAAGAUAAUUGUUCAGAAUCUGCAAGGUGGUUCCCUUACUCCCCAACAACUAGCUGCCAUUCAAGAACAGCUCAAGGGACAGAUGAUGGCUCGUACCAAUCAGCCAGGAGGCAACAACAAACCCAUCACAUUUGCUGUUCGGACAUCAGUGGCUGGCGCAACCGUUGCUACAGUUUCUACAACGGCUGCUGUUACCACUACCGUCGCUCCGACUUCUACCGAAACGUCUACGACGCCCGCUGCCGUUGUUUCGACACCCGCUGUAGCUGCUGCUGUCGCCACCCCCACAACGCCGGCAACCACGACUGGCGCUGCGACUGUCACGGCAAAUCAAAACAAAGUGGAUGAACCGUAUACUGUUACUCCCGACUAUGUCGUACAAGCGCUCCGCAAUUCAUUGAAGGGAGGAAAUCUUCAUCCGGACCUUGAGCAGAAAGUGUUGACGCGCUUGCGUGAGCAGGAGAAAGCGAAAAGGGAUGACGCCGAGGUGGAGACUCCUACCUAUUUUGCCGCCUCCAAUAGGAAACGGACGACGUCCGGUGCGUCUUGGAUUGAUGACGUCGAUACCUCAACUGCGAUGACCCCCGCAACUGGAACAGAUAGUAAAACGAUCAGACCACCGGCUCGCAAGAUUGCUCGGGUAAUUGAGGCCCCCAGCACGCCAGUCUCCUCCAAGAUUGUCAGCGGGGCGACACCGGCUAACGAUGCAGCUGCUGAUUUGCGCGAGCAAAAGAACAAGGAACGUGCAAUGAAGGCCGCUCAACGAGCCAAGGAGAAACGCCACCAGUCGACCUGUGCCCGUCUGCAGGGCCUGUUGAAUAGAAGUUCCGAGUCGCUAAAGAAGGAAAUUCUGCGCAAACGUGCCUCGUUGGAAAAAGAAUUGCGAUCUGCCAUCACGAAGGAGAUCUCAGCGCUACAGUUGCCUUCGCCAGUUCGACAAGCUCCUGUCGCAGUCUCGGAAAAUCAAGCGGUCGUCGUUAAGAAAAAGGAGCCAAAGUUGCAAGAAUUGCCCGUUGUUCAACCCAAAGCCACACCUCGACGGAAUCAGAGGAAACGCAAGUUAUCAUCACCGUUGAGUCCUCAAAAGACUUUGAAUGAGCCCGAACCUGGCACUUCGCAAGAUGAAGAGGACUAUGAUGCAUCACCCGCGUCAAUGCCACCGACAUCCAAGAGGAAGUCCAAACGAACUUUGUCGGAAAGUGGAUGCAGCGCUGGCGACAAGAUAGAACUUUACUGUAUCUGUCGCAAACCGUACGACAAUUCCAAGUUCUACGUCGGUUGUGACUUGUGUACGAAUUGGUUUCACGGAGACUGUGUCGGCAUCACGGAGGCCAUGUCGCAAACGAUGACGGAAUUUGUGUGUAAUGGUUGUAAAACGGGAAAAACGGUGGCGCCUCGUGAACUGUUCUGCCUUUGCCGACAGCCGUACGAUGACUCGCAGUUCUACAUCGGCUGCGAUCGUUGUGGAGAUUGGUUGCAUGGUCGCUGCGUCGGCGUUCUGCAAACGGAAUCGGAGUCGAUCGACGAGUACAAGUGCCCCAACUGUGAGCCGCAGGGAGCCUUCAACUACGCCAACACGAAGACCCUUGGCACUCGCGAUUACGAGGAACUACGCAAGCUUCUACGGCAGUUGCAGACCCACAAGAGCUCCUGGCCGUUCCGUGAGCCAGUCGAUGUCAAGGAUGUCCCCGACUACUAUCAAGUCAUUAAGGAUCCCAUGGACUUGCAGAUGGUUGAGACCAAGAUUAUAGAGAGACGCUACCAACGACUGGUGGAGUUUAUCGGCGACAUCACCAAGAUCUUUGAAAACUGUCGCUAUUACAAUCCCAAAGGGUCCAACUUCUACCGUUGCGCCACAUCCCUCGAAUCGUUUUUUGUGCCCCGACUCAAAUUGUUGCGCUCGUCCAUGUCCAACUGAAGUUGCGUCAUCGUCACCCAUAUCUCUUUUCAAAUCGCCUCGUGUGUGUUUGUGUGUUACGUGUGAAACUAUCUCGGAACUCUUUUUUUUUGGCUUGCUUGUUCCGCUUUUCUUACCUUGCACCCUAAAUUUCUUUUGUGUCUUCAAAAUUUCAAGACUCUUGCAACGUACAUUUCCCCCCCCCCCCUCACUAGACUGACAUGAAAAACAAAGUGUGGAAAGCGGUAUUUAUGCCCAUAUAAAUUGCUGUUACAUCUGCCGCAAUACACAAAAUCUUUUUGUA